UGCGUUUAUGAGCGGUAAAAUGAACGGUGAUUUAUUAGAAACAAGAAAAGAAACGAAAUCGUUCGCCCCCGUUUGACGUAAUUUUACUGCGGAAUGGCAGGCCGGCGGCGAUCAAUCCGGUGUGGCUGUAUAUAACUGAUCCAGGAGUUCUCCGGCGUGUCUUCUUGACCGAUGGCGAGGUCCAGUGAUGCGUGGAAAGGAGAAGAGGAGGAGCUGAUUGAGCAGGGGUCGCCGAGGAGACGGGUUAAGGAAGAUCUUUCCGAUUUCACCAAAGCCCUAAGCAGUAAGAUCUGGGGUGUGGCUUCUUUCCUCGCCCCUCCCCCUUCUUCCCAAACGCCCUCCUCCUCUCCCAGGAACUACUUCUCCGCCGAGACUUCGCCGUCGUCACGCAACCGACAGCAAGAACCGACUACUUCCGGCGAUUCAGAUCUUGUUGACUCGUUUGAAUCGUUAAGGACUGCGGGAAUCCGCAGCGAUUUUGCGGAAAUCGGAGGUACCAUUAAGACCGGCAUCGCUAGACUCUCCAUUAACGGGAUCUCGAAGAUUGCCUCCACCUUCCUACCGCUUUUGGACGAGGAGGAGGAGCUGGAUCAAAUAGAGGAGAAAGAGGAGUAUGAGGAUUUCAGUGAUGUCGUCGGUGUUACCGAUGAGGUUUUGGCGUUUGCAAGGAACAUCGCAUGCCAUCCAGAGACAUGGUUGGACUUUCCGCUCUUGUCUGACGAUGAUGAAGAGUUUGAGGAUUUUGACAUGUCAGUAGCCCAGCAAGACCAUGCGUUGGUUGUUGAGAGUCUAGCACCAAGAUUGGCAGCUCUGAGAAUAGAACUUUGCCCAAAUCAUAUUAGCUUAGGGUGCUUUUGGAUGAUCUAUUUUGCACUUCUACAUCCUAGACUGAACAAGCAUGAUGCUGAACUUUUGUCAACACCUCAGAUUGUGAAAGCCAGAGCGAUAUUACAGCAUGGCUUACAGAGCCAAGUAAAACAAGGAUCGGAUGACUUUUGGCGGCAUUCGUCAUUUAGGGCUGCAGAAGAUGGCUUUAAUUCACUAGAUAAUUUUGAGAUGGAGAAGCAUUCUAUACCAGCUGCUUCGGAGGCCGAGUUCGUCGAUAAAUUUGUUGUAAACGAAGAACCAUAUUUACGGAAGCAGGUUAAGGAAAUGGUAGUUGAAAAUUUAGAUGAUGAUGAUGAGUGGCCCGAAGAUGAGAACAAUGCAGCUGGGAUGGCUGCAGUCCUUGCUUGUGAUGAGGAAGACAUCUCUUUUAGUGAUCUGGAGGAGGAAGAUGACUGCUUUUCAAAGCAAACUUACAGCAGAAAUGGCUCCAAACUUUCAUCAGAUUAAGCAUCUGAUUUGUUUGUUUGAUUGAAUUGGUAUGUUUGCAUUUUAUUCCCCAUAAAAUUAAAAAUAUGCAUUUCCUUCUUCUGUAAAGAAAGCUAGUUAAUGGUUAUUCUCGCAUUGAAAAUUUUCUUCAA